UUUUUCUUGCUUUAGUUUCAGAGCUUGGCCUCCUCUCUUCACUGUCUUUGGGCUCUCAUUGACCUCUCUUUUCAAAGCUAAGUGUACAAAAGAGUCCACGUCCACACUCGAGAACUCAACGCUUAAUUUUUUCCACUUGUUUUGGACGGACGUUUAUCAACUGGUAUCAUUCAUACACCCACGGAAAAAAUGAAAAAAAAAAAAAAAAAACUAUACGAGUUGGCUUCGGUACGAAGAAAGCCAAAACGUGGAAUGUGAACGUAUAGGACGUUUUGUUUGAUGCAAUUAAAGAUAUUUUGUUUGAAUCCAUGUUGUAACCGACACAAAGAUCCAUGCAUGCAGUGUAGUACACGCCAAAAUACUUGGUUUAGCCGGAGAAAAAUAUCGACAUUAGUGGGCUAUUACUUACCAAACACUUGAUCAUAAAAUGCGUUUAUAUGAUCAAAUGGAACAUAUAAAAGUGGGCUCUUACACAAGUUGUCAGAAAAAAGAAGAAGUAAAAUAGAAAGUAGGUUAGCUGAGCUGAACAAACAAAAAUACAAAGAGAGAAAAGUUGUUUGGGUUGUUUCAUAAUCUAACAGUUAGCAUCUUAUGUUCAAAGACAUUCUUUUAUAUAUAAACAGAUGGUUUGGUUUAUACUUGGUUUACCUUCAACCUAUCGAUUCAAGUCUUGUGCAUUGUCAUAAAAUAAAUUGUCCUGACAAAUAAAUAGUAGAAUAAAUUAUUGGAUAUGUUCAGUGACUGUAUUAUUAAGAAAUGCAGGAACACGUGAGUAGAGAGGUUGCAAAAGAAAGAGUCAAGAAGGUGGCAGAGAAGCGGACCACACCAAGUAGAAGUGUGUGUUCUGUUGAUUUCGCCACGCAAAGCCAAAAGAGACUUAAACUGAAACGGCCGAAACGAAUCUUAAAUGAAGAUUAAACUCUGUUCUCUCUCUCUCACUCUCUCCUUUUCUCACUGGCUGGGCUCUCUGCCCCAAGUCACAACCCUUUCUCUGCAAAAACGUCUGCUUCUUACCCUAACAUAUGUCUCCCUUCUCUCUUUCUCUCUCCACACAACGAUCCAUUUUCUAUUAUUACCACCUCUCAUCCAUCACAUUCUUUUAUUUACCACUCUUGCCACACACAACCUUCUUCUUCUUCCUCAUCUUUAACAUAUGUCUGAGUUUACUACUGUUUGAAAAAUGGGGGAGACUAGGAGACAUUCUGUAGAUGUUCCCAUCACAAGAACGCUCGUGGCUCUUAGAAGGGUCCGGUCACUUAGAGAUCCUUGCACCAACUCAAUGAGCAAGUUUGCUUCUUUGCUCGAAAACGUCAAAUGGGAAACUGGUUCCAACAAUGGCAUCUCACUCCAGUUUGUGAACAAUGAUGGUCCUGUGGGUUUGAUUCCUUUUCAAUCAUACUCGAUCAUGGAGGAGCUAGAGAAAGGCUGCGACCUUCACAAGGUGCUCAAUGCUGAAGGAGACGCUGGCUCCACCAAGCCAGCUAGCUCGCUUAGUGAUUACGGUAGUCCAAUGACCUCAGCAAAUCAUAGUUAUAACGAUGAAGAUGUUGAUUUUGCAAACGAAUGCAACCGCGGCUGCGGAAUAUCCUCUUGCUGGUCAAAAACACCUAGGGACAGAGGAUCAUCAAACCAGUCCUCUGACGUAGAAGAUCAUCAUCCUCUACUCUCUAGUAACAACGAGAGCAAUGCUGCGACACCGAGGAGUCACGAAACUGUUACGUCAAGAAGUCUAACUCAAAAAUUCAGACCAAAGUCUUUCGACGAGUUAGUUGGACAAGAAGUCGUAGCCAAAUGUCUCUUGACCACCGUUCUGAGAGGAAGAAUCACUUCUCUUUACCUUUUCCACGGUCCUCGCGGCACGGGUAAAACAUCAACCUCUAAGAUAUUCGCUGCUGCUUUAAACUGUCUCUCACAGGCACCACAUAGUACUAGAAGACCGUGCGGCUUGUGCAGCGAACGCACUUCCUACUCGGAGAUAGACUCGGUUAAACUAAACCGGCCUAGCUACCUCAGGUCUCUCAUCAAAACCGCGUCUCUUCCUCCCGUUUCGUCUAGAUUCAAGGUUUUUAUAAUCGACGAGUGUCAGUUACUAAGCCAAGAAGCUUGGGGAGCUCUCUUGAACGGUUUGGAGAAUGUCUCUCAGCGUUCGGUUUUUAUUCUGGUCACGUCAGAAUUAGAGAAGCUGCCGCGUAACGUUCUCUCGCGGUCUCAGAAGUAUCAUUUCUCUAAAGUGUGCGACGUGGCGAUAUCGAGAAAGCUGGUAAAGAUUUGUGAGGAAGAAGGUAUUGAGUUUGAUCAGGGGGCUGUUGAUUUCAUCGCUUCUAGAGCUGAUGGUUCGCUUCGUGAAGCUGAGAUAAUGCUUGAUCAGUUGAGUUUGAUUGGUAAAAGAGUAACAACGUCUUUGGCCUACAAGCUUAUUGGGGUUGUUUCUGAUGAUGAGCUGCUUGAUUUGCUUGAUCUUGCAUUGUCUUCUGAUACUUCGAACACGGUUAUAAGGGCGAGGGAGCUUAUGAGGUCUAAGAUAGAUCCAAUGCAGCUUAUUUCGCAGCUAGCUAGUGUCAUUAUGGACAUUAUUGCUGGAAAAUGUCAAGACAGUAGUUCAGAAACUAGACUUCGGUUUCUUUCAAGGCAUAGCUCUGAAGAAGAAAUUCAGAAAUUGAGUAACGCGUUGAAGGUACUUUCUGAUGCUGAGAAACACUUGAGAGCAUCUAAAAACCAAACAACCUGGCUCACUGUUGCACUCCUGCAACUUAGCAACACUGAACCGUCUUCUUUUGCAACUAAUGAAAAUGAAGUGUGUUUAAAAAGACAAAGAAACAAAGAUGUAGACCUCUCCAGCACAUCAUCGGAUUAUCCUGGCGAUGUGGUUAAAUCAGAAACCGAAGAGUGUCAAGAGAAAAACUGUAAAGAAACAGUUGAAACUGUGUGGAAAACGGUCAUAGAGUUGUGUUGUUCAGAUUCACUAAAGAGAUUUUUGUCGAAACGAGGGAGGUUGACUUCUCUUAUCAUUGACAAAGUUUCAGGUGUGGCAAUAGCUGAAUUGGAGUUCUACACACCUAAACAUGUAACAAGAGCCGAGAAAUCAUGGAAAACGAUUGCAGACUCGUUCCAGUCCGUGUUAGGAUGCAAUGUUGAGAUCCAAAUGAAUCUUGUUAUCUCUGCGUGUUCACCACCAAAGAGUGCUAAAGCAGUUGCUAGUCUUUUCUUUGGACUUUUCAGCUGUUCUCGUAGAAUGCUACACAGGUCUUAUCCGACUACUACUAGAACAGACUACGAUUACGCAACUAAGGAGCAAGUAGUUACAAAUUCUCUUAGAAGUUGCCAGGGAAAUCUCUUGAGGGCUCGUAGUGUGCGUUCUUCAGCUAAUGCAUCGUCUAGAAUGAGCAGUGCGAGUGAUCAAGGCGAUGCAAAUUCUGCUCUAGGUGACAAAAUACCAGAAGAUGACGCUGAUGUGUUGUGUUGGAGGAGGACUCCCCUAGGGAAGGGUGAGGAAGAGACACAGAACAACAAGAGCUCAAGUCUAAUUGGCCGUGUCCUUCCCUGCACUGAAUCUGGUUAAGUGAGCUUGAUGACAUUCCCAUUUUGUGGAACCUUUAGCUGAUUAAUUGAGACAUGUUAUGGGACAAGUUGUCGUAAAUAGUUGCAUAAUGUUGUUUGAAGACCAUAUAUAUAUAGAUAAACAUAUACGUAACUUUUAUAGUAUAGCGCGCUUUCCUUAUGGCAGCAAGCCAGUAAGUGGUAGAGCCUUUAAUCAUCCUCCUCCUUAGAGCUGUAAACUGGGCGAGCCCAUGUCCAUUAGCCCAUAUCCAUUUGUCCAUUCAUUGUUUGUGGACAGCAAAGUGACCAUGUCCAUUAAGAACCAUGUCCAUUAAAGACCAUACCCACUAACACUCAUAUUUUUAUGGGCUGCCAUGGAGUCCAUAAUGACCAUAUAAGAAAAUUUUAAAUUUUAAUUUAUAAGCAUACAAUUAUAUAUAAAAGUUCAUAAAAUUAAAAUUCAUCCAUAAAUUCAAAAGUACAACAAUACAUAAGUUCAUAAAUACAACAAUUACGGUUUUGGUGGGAAAAAUUGAUUUUGCAGUUUUGGCGGAAAAACUCGAUUUUGCAGUUUUGACGGAAAAACUCGAUUUUUGCAGUUUUGACGGAAAAACUCGAUUUUUCAGUUUUGACGGAAAAAACUCAUUUUUGCGGUUUUGGCGGAAAACUCGAUUUUCUGAUUUUGGCAGAGAAACUCGAUUUUUCGGUUUUGCCAUGGGGUCUAUAAUGACCAUAUAAGAAAAUUUUAAUUUAUAAGCAUACAAUUACAUAUACAAGUUCAUAAAAUUAAAAUUCAUCCAUAAAUUCAUAAGUACAAUAAUACAUAAGUUCAUAAGUACAACAAUUUCGGUUUUGGCGAGAAAAAUCGAUUUUGCAGUUUUGGCAGAAAAACUCGAUUUUCCGGUUUUGGCAGGAAAAUUCGAUUUUGCGUUUUGAAGAAAAACUCGAUUUUCUGGUUCUGACGGGAAAAUUUGAUAUUAAAAUUUAAGCGAAAAAAUCGAUUUUACGAGUUUAGCGGAAAAACUUAAAUUUUAUAAGCCUUAGGUUUUGUGACCAUUGGACAGUCCACGUCCAUAAAGCCCAAAACCAAUAAAGACCAUUUUCUUAAUGGUCUUCCACAUUUUGUCCAAUGAAAACUAAUGG